UUUAAAUAAAUCCAGGCGCACGCCUUCAGCUCAUUGCACAACUUCACCGCAGCUCAGCUGGUGCGGAUUACGCUGUGACAUUCCAACUUCCCAAUCGGCCAAACCAGAACCAUGAAGUACAGUUUGAUUUGGGGGUGUUUCGUGGCUGUACUUCUGGAGCCUUGUAUGUCUGAUGUAUACUUCCAUACUCCACAUGGAUCCAACAAUCGAUUGAACGGUGGCCAGGCCAAUGUUAGGAACGCAAAUAGGUUGUUUGAUUCUCAGAAUAAUGGCAAAGCCGGCUACAAUGUUGGAGACAGCCAGUCUGCUAAUCCUGGAGAAAAUAUUGCUGAAAUUUUACAGAAACCUAAUGAAUUCUACAUGAGUGGAUGCUCAGACAAGUCCAAAACUGAAGUAGAAGUUAUGUGGACCAAUCAACAUGGAACUGGCCCAGAGACUGAUGAUAUGGUGGAAUCACAAAUUAUCCUUCAGUUCAUGUGCCAGCCCUAUCCUCGAGAAAAGAUGGUCACCUCUGAUGUUAACAUAGAGUUUGAAUAUCACACCCUUCGUAACGGACAGUCAUCAACUGCCCAAGUAGCUUUUAAAACCGGUCAUCGCGAGAAUGCAUACAUCAGUAAAGCUGUAGGGCUUCACGAGCCCGCAAAUUACUACCAGUCAUACUUUACCAGAAAAAGAAAUUCAGGUUUGUACACUGAUGACCAAAAACUUAGGGCGGACAAGGCUAUUCAUACGCGACAGAAUCCCGGAGGGACAAGAAGGGGCUUGGAAGUUCCCGAGGAACGCGAUUAUUUUCCAUAUUGGGGCCCAACUCCUUGGAAGGACAUUGCUAUCAUGGUCAGCGAUAAUAAGACCGAAAAAUUGAUGAGAGAUUAUGUGAAUGACAAAUACUAUGGAUUCAAAUACAUGUGUAUCAUGGACACCAACAAGAAUGGUAACCCAAGGUGCCCACCAGACAACGAAAACAGGCCUUCUGUAAGGUGCGUGGGUCCAUACAUCACGGAAGAAGAGUGUAAAAAGCAUAAAGGCCGCUGGACUAAAUUUAUCACAAACUACUUGGAGAAAACCGGAGGAGUGCUAAGCACCUGCCACGGCGAAGGAAAUGAGAAACUGUCGAGAGGUGUACCCUAUGAAGCACAUAAGAUUUCACAAGGAUCUGAUAAUCCUAACCAAUUUGUCCUCCUUCACGAGCCCCCCGAAGUGAUUUAUGCCCCAUCCACGGUCGUUAAUCAUAACGGAAUUAGCUCAACUGGCAAGUUUUCGUCCUACAAAUGGAAAGUUCCUUGUUUUCCAACCAACAUUACUCAACGUUGUGUGCUGCGAAUUAGGUACAACAUUACCUCUGAUGACGUACCACGCGGGUUUAACGCCAGUAACAAUGGAGAAGUCAAGAAUAACCCUAAGACUAAAGCUGUUAAUGGAGAAACGGAUCUUCAACUCGCUUUGAACACUGCACAAGUUGGCCGAACAUUUCAGGACAGAAGUCAUGUUUUCAUUCUUAAAGCCCGAAAUAAAAUGGAAAAGGAACAUCAACAUCGCAACAUAUAUUACAUUUUCGGAAUGGGAAAGAGGGGAAACAUUGUUCAAGCCUAUCCAGCCAUGGAGUAUCGUUUCUUCCCCGAACGAAAGACAGUGACAACAGAAGACGUGGUGUGCUUUGUGUGGUCUGGUUCAAACAACAAUCCUGGCGGAAACGCUGGCCAGGGACAGGCAGGUUCGGAUCGCACAAAUGUGUGUUGGGUAAAGGAAGGAUGCAGCUCUCUCAAACCAGCAGCAUGUUCCACCUUGCCUCUUGAAGUGGUUGACCAUGUUGAUGACUUUGAAGAUCCGGAGAAAUUGAAUCUUCACCUAAACACUGGAUGUUACAACGGUGACGUAAAAAACCUGAACGCUCAGUUGAACAAUGCCCCAGCCUCCUGCAAUCCGCCUUGCUUCCGAAUCAAGAAGCCUGGAAAGUACUGCUACAUGGGCACGCGCAAUAACAACUUCUCCAACCGACGCCACAUCGGAGUUAUCGAAGUUGUCAGUCCCACACCAUCUGCUUGAUUUAACGUUACAUUUAAGAUGUGAUUUAAUUCUUUGUGAAGUGCGCAGUAUAUAUUGUAAUACGAACAGCUCACUCUUAGAAUAGUUAGUGUCCAACUAUAGAAAUUUGUUGUUAGAAGUCUACAUAGAAAGUUCUACAGAAGGAAAUAUGACCUGAGGAUUGUAUGGCUGCUUCCUGUUUUUAGAGAUUCAGUGUACGUCCUACGAUUUUUUUCUUGAACAAAAUAAACGAAAAAAGUAAA